AUGCAGGCUGAAGCGAUCCCAGUGCUACGAGAGUCUGCAAUGGGCCUCGCUUUCCUACAUGGCAUGGGCAUUGUGCACUAUGAUCUGAAGCCGGAGAAUGUGCUGUUCAGCAGCGGCCGCCUUCGGCUGUGCGACUUUGGCUCUGCGAGCUCGCGCCAGUGGCCGGAGUUCGGCGCAGACUCUUCACGCCACGUGGUGCGGGAGGUGGACCUCUUCUUCACCCAGAGGACCACGCCCAUGUUCCGGCCGCCGGAGCUGGCAGAUCCGGACCUGGUCCGGCUGCCCAUCGGCUGCCCUGCAGAUCUUUUUAUGCUGGGGCUGUGCCUUUAUCAGAUGCUCUUCGCCGUGCACGCGUUUCCGAUGGAGGGCCGUUUGGCUAACAUUCACGUCAGGUACUCCCUGCCUGAAGGUGCUCAGGAGUGCUACUCCCAAGCCCUUUUGUCAACUCUGACGGCGCUCAUGAGCCGAGACCCAAGGGCGCGGCCGACUGCCAAGGAGCUCGCAAUGACGGGCCUAGUGCAGAUGAGUGCAGCGGCUUGA